AUGGCCGAAAUGGAGGUCAACAUGGCAUCUCAGGUUGGCCUUGAAAGACACCUGGAUGAUGAUCUAAUCAACUAUGACAGUGACACUGAGAAGCUCUUGAUCCAUGAAGAAACUACAGACGCCGUGUAUGGUGCCGAAGAAGUCGUGUUGGGGAAAAUGAGCACUAAAACCGCAGGUGAAGACGAUGCCCCCGACGAAGUGGACUUUUUCGAGAGUGGCGAACAAGACGAGACGGAAAGUCCCCGACUAGAGUCAGGAACCACUGGUGAGGGUCAUGAUGCGAGCCGACAAGCCUCCCACGAAAUAGACUACGAUUUUGACGAACCUACGCAAGACGAUACGCCGGUGGCCAUCAAUGAUGACGAGAAAAGAACUGCAUCGGAACAACGGCAGUCAGAAGAAGAGACUGUCCAUGGUGAGGAGGUCCAGGGACUCGGAGAUCCGAACCGCAAAGCCGAUGAUCAUGAAAUAAGCUGGGAACAGGAGGACGAUCCAGUGGAGGCGGGCUCGCAGGAUCAUGAAACAACUGCUAGUAAUGGCCAACAUAUGUCUCCAAAUCAACCAUCCAAUUCCGAAACAGAACAUCAAGUUGCUUCCGGCUUAAACGAUGGUGGCGCCGCCGAAGCCGAAGAUUCCCAGUCUGAGGAGCUUGAAGCAGCUGGCGAUGAAAUCGGAGACGAUGCGGAUCUGCAGGACGACGGCGAUCAAGAUCUUCUUGUGGACCUAGAAUGCUCCGACGUUGACGAGAAUGAUGUUCCAGCAAUCACAGUGCAAUACAGGGGAGAUGAGUUUCCAUUUUUCUCGCUCUCCUCCGAGGGUUUCUUCUCCCAGCUUUCAGUUUUGGAUUAUAGCCUCAAGUCAGUAUUGAGUGGCUUACGAGACGAGUUGGCGAACGAACUCCUUCCUGAAGAUGACCUUGUAUUUCAAGUCGAUGAACUUGGGCUGGAGUUUGCAGAAUCAUCACCUCCAGAAUUUCUGUGCAACAUCAGCUUGAGGCAAAUCCUCGAAGUUUUUGACAUUUUGGUCAAAAACCAGGAUCCUGAAAGUAGUCGACCGCUCUACACAUAUCUCUUUACUAGACCUAGUGCGGGCAGACGAUUCGACUUUUUAAUGGAGAGUGCUACUGAAGGCAAGGGACUGGAUGAAGUAAUUCAUCUGUUCCAACCACCUGUACCACGCACUACUGGCCUUAGGGAUAUCUCAGCUGGCGAGAAUCUGAGUAGCCAUUCGGACGACGAUCACAGCUCUCUUGAAGACCACACCGCACAAGGAGUUGGGGACACGUUGAGUGGCCAAGCAACUGGCGGGAAAACGUCGGAGCGGCUCGUAGAUGAAGACUCACUAUCGGAUCAAGAAGGAAGCACUGCAAGGGACUAUGGAGACGACGGACCUGCCAACGAGCUCGAGGAUCUUGUCCCUCCAUAUGGCAACGCGAUGAGAGAACCGGCAGAAGUGUCUCCACUUUUUGACGAAGCGGUGGCCUCAGGCGCACUCGCUCCAGAAGACGACGUGGGAGAUGGCGAGGUGGAUGAGGACCAGGUACCUGAAGGAGGUUCUCAAGACCCAGGAGACGAGGUUCACGAUCUGAUUGACCCGGACUUCGAUGAGACCUUGGAGUUGGCCGACAGUGACGUAGCCGGGGCGGUUGGGCAGUCUACCCAAGAUUAUUUGGAGGACGCCAAUGCAAAACCCUGUGCCACUGAUGCCAGUACCACGACUACGACGUUGAAGGAUGAUGGCGAAGAACUUGCGGCUCUCGAUGCCAUGAUUGACCAAGCCGCUGUGGGCGACCUCAUUGAGCAAGAUGACGGCGCACAAAUUGACUGGGGAGAUGAUGCGGAACCUCGUCUGCAAGACGAAGUCGCGGGGGACGAGUCAUCCAGUGCCGGCAAACGAGCCCGUGGAGAUGACGGGUUUGGUUCCGAGGAUAACCAAAAUGUCAAGCGCCAACGCUCAGACUGA